GCGCAUUCCUUCUUCCAGGCCUUCUUUUCCGGCCGGCGCAGUCAACCCCAUCUCAUCAUUCCCCCUCCUGAAAUCACAUUGCUUGCCCAAAGUCAGGUGCGUAUAUGUUCCUGCAUUUCCCCUCCCAAUCCCAAUACCCCUCGUCCUCCCGACCUUGCAUGAUAGGAUCCGUGUCCCUGACCGUGGCUGCCGUUCCGCCUUCUCUCAGAUUCUGCGUUCAUCGGCCAUCACCACUUCUUUCCCCCCCACGUCCGCGUGCCUCUUUCUCAAUCUUAUUUAUUCCUCCCCUCCUACUCGGCGGAGGAUUGUGUCUUGGUGUCUUUGACUCAUUGACUGAUCAAAGAGCCAAUCCGCCUGCUGGUCCCUGUACUUACCCUGCCGUUGCCGCUGCUGUCCAAGUUGCCUCGCAGAUGUUCAGUGCUGUGGCUUCUUGCGACAUCGUGCUGUUUUAAGCCCGUCCCGUGUCCUGCCUUCCAUGAACCCGAAGGACCUACUACGAUACCUGUCUAAGCCCGCAAAGCCCCGAUAACACGCCUAAACCCCACCUUUUUUU